AUGGCUGAGUGCUGCCACCUGGCUGCCAUCCCCAGAUACAUGGGGAAGCACAAUCUUUCCCAUGAGGAUGUGGCAGGAGCCAGCUUGGUGCCACGCCUGAAACCAGAAGUCCAGGUUGGAGCUCCAAGCAGGAAAGGAGUCCCCAGGAAGGAGGCAAAUGGAGGUGAGGGCUGGGACGCUGGGGGAGCUGCUGGGGCUAGGCGGGGGCUCGUGGAGCUAGCUUUGAGGGGGAGCCAGGAUUCCAGACCUGACCUCAAGCUGCCCACCUUGCCUGAUCAAGGAAGUCCUUCAACUUCCAGGAGGUCCCCGGUCUCCCUGUGUGACUUCUUAGUUACCAGAUGCCCCAGUAACCUUUGUAGCAUGGCACCAGGUCUCCAACAAAAGACAGUGUUAGUAAGAGUGGAGAGGCAGGCAGGGAUGGAAGGGAUCAACUGUCAGCCUGGAGAGGUCCAAGAUGAAGGUAUGGGCUUUCCGGGGGACAGAGGAAGAAAUUCUACACAUAGUCAAGAGAAGAGCCAGCCCCUCUCAUCAGGCCUGGCUCCUGAGAGGGCAAGAAAGAGAAGCAGGAAGUGUGGGGCCUCUUCCCAGGGUGAGGAGGAGGCUGGUAGCGUCUUAUGGCUUGAUGGGAGCCCUGGUGGGGACGGUCCGUCUGUAGGAGGACCCCCACAAACUGCUCACCUGGAGUCCCUGCGUGGCUCUCACAGUCCUUUCUCUAGCAACGACACUGGAGACCCAGAAGAGUGUGAAUACUCACCAAAUGCAGGGGACCAGGCCCAACUAGGCAGCACCCGUAGCUCUGAUGGGUCCCCAGGGCCAUGUGGAGGAGAGUUGUGCAGUCUAGCCACACAGGGUUCUCCUCAGAGGCCUGCCUUGGGCCUGGCAGGACCAGGACCCGCUUCUACAGAGCAGCUGGAAGUACAGCUCAUGGUGGGCAAGGAAGACCAGGAGGGGUCAGAGGCCCAGGCCAGGCCAGUGUGCAGGGAGACUACCGCCACUGCUGCCAGCUCGUCUGAGCCCUGGAGUGGCCUCAGCUCCUCCCUGGAGGCUGCCACCAGCAAAGCCUGCACAGGCCUAGUCAUCAGGCAGAGAAGAUCAAAGUGCACUGAGAAGCUAAGAAUGAAUACAGAAUCCUGCACCCAAGAUCGAGUCACAGUCCACAUCAGCCAGGAUAGCUCAGAAGAAGCUAGCCCAGGAGGCUGUCCCACAUGGGAGGAAGUAGACAGGCCUCCCGGGGUGAAGCAUGUGUGUUAUCUCAGCUGUGGAGACACCAUUCAGCUCCUGGGGGCCAUCGGCCAUGUGCGGGCAGAGGGUGAGCUGCUGAAGCUGGAGGCUCUGGAGGACUUCAUGGAGGUCAGCUCAGCCUUGCCCACCCAGAGGCCCAGGAUUAGAAAGGCCACUACUCAGAGCCCUGCCAUGUGCCAGCAUGGCCCCAUGGAGGCUUCAGACAAGCAGACUUUUCAAGACAGGGAACAGGACUCAGUGUGGCUUCAGCCCAGAGAGAUGGCACGUCUGGACAUCAGGGUGCGGGACACCGUAGUCCGGACCAUGCAGGAGGUGCUGUGGAGUCGCCUUCAGGAGCACCCCAACCUACUGCUGGGGGGGGAGAAGGUGGAGGACAUUGCCACUGGCAUCGAGGCCGCCCUCUUCUACUUGACACAAGACACCAGCUGCAGCUACAAGAACAAGUACCGCAGUCUGCUCUUCAACCUGCGCGACCCUAGGAACCCAGAGCUGUUUCUCAAAGUGGUUUGUGGCGACAUCACCCCCCAUGCCCUGGUACGGAUGAACUCCACCCAGCUGGCGCCCCACGAGCUGUCCCGCUGGAGGGACCAGGAGGAGAAAAGGAGCUUGGGGAUCAUUGAGCAGCAACAGAAGGAGCCAUACAGACUUCCAGCCUCCAAAUUGACCCAUAAGGGAGAAGUGGAGAUCCCGAGGGACCUGGACCAGAUGAUAACCUUGGAGGACCUAGUGGAAGCCCCCGUGUUGAGAGAGGCUGGUCCCCAGGAACUGCCCGCCCCGUUGGAGGGCACAUCUGGGCAGCCCUCCAUGGACCCCAACUGCCACACAUGCCCAGAUGGGGAAUCCUCCUUGCCCAAUACCACCAUGAGCAGGGAGGAUCCUGGCUUCAAGAGAUCCCCAACCUCAGAUCCUACGUGCUCUCCAGAGGUGCCCAAAGCCAGGGAGAUGCUCACCACGGAGCCUCAAAACAGGCUUCAGAUGCCUGAUGGGCCCCCAAAGGCCCCACCCAGCCCACCCCCUUGGGAGGGUGCUCUUGACAUGUACUCCAUCAAGCGGUUCCGGGUCAAGGCCCAGCUGGUCUCAGGACACAGCUGUCAGCUUGUCCAGGCUCUGCCAGAGGUGAUCCACUCAGCAGGCUGCCUCUCUCCCAACAUUGUCUGGGACCUUCUGGCUAGUAUCUGCCCAGCCAGGGCCAAGGACAUCUGCGUGGUCAGACUGUGUCCCCGGGGGACUCGUGACGUGGAGAACUGCCACUCGCUCUACUCCUACCUCAACAACAAGCAGCACCAUGGCCUGGCAGCGGUGGAGCAUGUGGGGGUGGUUCUGCUGCCCCUGCCCGCCUUUCAGCCCCUGCCCACAAGACUGCGUUCUUUGGGAGGCCCAGGUCUGGAAGCCACUCACUCAAGCCUGUUGCUAGCGGUGCUGCUUCCCAAGGAAGGGCUUCCAGACCGAGCCAAGUCCAGCCUGGUGCUGGGCAAAGUUCGCAAGAAGGUCUCUUUCAACAGCAAAGUGGAGGCAAGAUGUUACCAGCCAGAGGACAAGAGAUGGAGUGCACUAAAAGGCUUCCCUCCCCCAGAGGAUACCCCAAAGCAGAGCCAGGCCCAAGGAAGCUGGGCUCCCACUUGGCAAAGGCUCCCCAGAGGCAGGGGGAGGCCCUGGGUAGAUCCAAAAACCUGGCAGGGUCUUGGGCAAGGGAAGCAGCCUCCAGAGUGCGGCUCUUGCCAGCUUCAACAUCCCUACUCAGCAAUUCCAGUUGUCCGUGGCUUUGGCCAUGACCAGCACAUGCACAGCACCUCCUGUCUCCACCAAGACAUGCUCCAGAACCUCGAAGCCUUGGUGACGAUGAGAAACCAGCUCCAAGCCUCACUGUGGCCCGAAGACUGCACUGCCCUUCCCACACCCUCUACAGCAUCUGUCCAGCCCCCUGCAGUCUCAGGGAGUCUUGGCUAUCUCUACCAGCCCCCUGGCCUCGACUCUGGCCCCUCUUUGGACCCUACAGAUGCUGGCUCCCUUCCCUAG